CGAGCACUGCCGAGCCGAGACGACGACGACGGCGGCGGCGGCGACGGCGGUGGUGAUGACGGCAACGGCAACGGCAACGGCAACGGCGACGGCGACGGCGACGGCGACGGCGACGACGGCGACGGCGACGAUGACAGCAAGUUCCGCGUCGCACAAUGCGCACACUCGAUGAAUACAAGAGAUUGGGAUUGAUAACAGCUGCUACCGCCAUCUACCAAAUACAAGCUGCAACUGUAACCGUCAGAUUCGAAACUUGCGACGUUCGCGAAGCGUUUGUGACUCCACGACGUGGCAUCGUUUGACCUGAUCUCAAUAUUUGUCAUGAUGUGAGUGAUUUUGCUGGACGCUCCUGUUGCUGAAGUAUCGAUCUGGGAUUGAAUUGACUAAUGCAAGCGCUUUAUCCAAAUGCCAAGAGUUACCGGCGAGCCGCAAAAGGAUCAAAUCAAAAAGCGAAGGAGACCGGUCGGCGAGUUCAGAUUCCGCGCUGAUAACGUCCUCGUCGACGACUCGUAAUCACGUAAGGAGGUUUACAUUAGCACCAGCGUCGUACGUGCUCGAGAUUUCGACAUGGCCACACCGAUCCCGGACGUCGGCAAUGUCAAGGCGAAAGCACUGCGGGCCUUCGCCGAGAAAUUCGACGAGCCGGCCACCGUCUGUGUCUACGCGCCCGGACGCGUCAAUCUUAUCGGCGAGCAUACGGAUUACAACGACGGUUUUGUACUACCAAUGGCAUUGCCGAUGGUCACGGUGAUAGCCGGCAAGUCGCACGACGGACAGAGAAUGAAAAUCGUCUCCCUGAGCGACACGGUCGGCGAAACGAACGAGGUCGAAUUCGAAGCGAGUAGUCGCGCCGAUUUAAAGCCGGGGGACCCAAAGUGGGCAAACUAUGUCAAAGGGUGCAUCGCUAAUUUUGUCUGUGAUGUUCCCGCGUUCAAAGCCGUAAUAGCGUCUACUGUACCGGCGGGUGCCGGCCUCAGCAGCUCGGCGGCUCUGGAAGUAGCGACUUACACAUUUCUAGAGGCGUUGAGCGGCAAGAAAGCGGAGAAACCGGAGGAGAAGGCUUUGGCGUGUCAAAAAGCGGAACACGAUUUCGCUGGGGUGCCGUGCGGCAUAAUGGAUCAAUUCAUCUCAGUCAUGGGCAAAGAGGGCUGCGCGCUUCUGCUGGACUGUCGAGAUCUCGCCAUCAAGCAGAUACCCAUGCUGCACAUGGACGACUAUGUUUUCCUUAUAACGAACUCGAACGCACCGCACAAGCUGAGCUCGAGUGCCUAUUGCGAGCGCAGAGACUGUUGCUACGAGGCCGCGCGAAUGCUGAACAAGAAAAGUCUCAGGGAUGCGGAUAUGAAUGAUAUCCGAGCACUAACAUUACAGAACGCGCCCGAUCGCGGUGUCAAGAGAGCUCGCCACAUAGUCACGGAGAUUCAACGGACUCUGGACGCCGCGGAGGCACUCGAGCGAGGCGACUUGAAGCGAUUCGGCCGGCUGAUGAACGACAGCCACGACUCACUGCGCGAUGAUUACGAGGUCUCGUCUAAGGAGCUCGACUCGUUGGUGUCGGCGGCCAGAGAGGUGGAUGGCGUGUUAGGCAGCCGUUUGACGGGCGCAGGCUUCGGCGGCUGCACCGUCACUUUGUUGAGAAAGAACGCGGUCGACAGGGCGAUUCAACAUAUGACGGCGAAGUACUCCGGCACACCUACGUUCUACAUAGCGACGCCGACCGGAGGUGCUCGAGAAAUCAGCGUGAGUUAGUCUUAGUAUUAACGCCUUAAACAUACACGCACGCAGGCCGAUGUGAUUGCCUCAGCACUUGCAACCACUGACGUCACCAUGAGCCUCGUCGUUCUGACUGGAAAUUAUUCUGGAGCGAUCAAUUCUCUAUCUUAUACUGUUUCCAACCAUACGUACAUGUCCAGACACAAUGUAUACGGAUGAAAAUCGUGGUGAGCAAGUGCUGUCGCACAUACGCCGUAUACAUACUUUAUGAUGUAACACAUUAAGAAGAGAUACUCUGGAAUAUGUGAAUUACUCCGAGAGAUUUACGGCGCGCUCGGCUCUGGCGAGUUAAUCAUUCCUCGUGAACGCUUUCUUUUUGUGGCACGAGAGCGGAAUUCUGAUAUAUUUACAAUGAGAUUAUUCGCAUUGGAAGUAAGGAACAUAUAAUGAGCUGUCGCGAGUGUGUCUAUCCAGCACAGAAUUAUAUAUGUUCCUAUCUGAUUCAAUAAGAUAAAUUCGGAGUGCACACUUGUCAAACUCCCGUCUCUCGUAAGUACAAAAAUAUGACAUAGUGUACAAUAUCGUGCAAAUACAUAGCGUAUAGCUUAAUUCUUAUACUGGCUCGCGUUCAUAAAUACAUACAUAUAUACAAGUUCCUCUUUAGUCAACUAUAUAUCGUCGCAGUUGAUAAACGAAGGUAGCGCUUUGCUUUGAGCUAUACUGUAUACUUUGCGUAAUACUGUCUGUGGAACGAAGGCAACGGUAUUUUCAUUAUAAUACUGAUACUCGUUAAGGAAGGAGAGAGAGAUGACCAAUCCAGAAUCUAGCUGUCGUUUGCAUCGUCGUCCAAAUUUAAACGCGUUCAGUAUCGAUUCAGCGUCUCGAUUGAUACAUUGGUGUAUUCUAUGAUAGAAACACAGUACAUCUAGUAAACAUCAUAGUAUAAUAUAUAAACGCUGUGGAAAUUCCGCCAUAAAAGGAUCGAUUUACCUUUAAGGCAGUCGUUGAGCUCAAGUUCACUGGAACUGCAUGUGAGGCUUGAUGGUUUCACGCCUUUGAAGAUCUGAAUAACACUUGGCUUUAAGUUGUGAAAAAUUAAUGGCUGGCCACGCCUUACAAAAUCCUCUAUCAAAGUCUUGAUACCCUGAAAAAAAAG